GAAGUUGAAAAAAACUGUUUUUUUAAUUGUAACGUUGAUUCAAUAUAGGGAACGAAAAAAUUUCUGAACGAAUAUAACGUACGGCGGGAAAAUAAUAAAAUUUGAAUUUCGAAUAGGGCCGCAACAUGCAGAGGCCCACCACGAGCUCGGAGCGCACGCCGCUCGUUCCGCCCACCUACGCCUUCGAAUCCAGCCUGGCUAGGAGCUACCAGAAGCGUCUACGGCACUUUCAGUGCGCCAUUUGUGUUAUUUUACUCGUGGUGCUCUCCAUAUCGCUGCUAAUCAUGGUGUCGUACAACCUAAGCCACAAUGCCGACGACGCCGACGACGCCGACGCAACCGUUCCAGGGAACCUCACACUCCUCAGGCUGGGCCUUAAUGAUGACCUGCUUCCACUGUUUAACAAAACUUGGCCUUUAGACGCUCAAUCCUCGCCAUCAUGGGCAGUUUCAAAUCUGACAUCACAAGCCAUAGCAGCAGCUGUGGUCAAAGGCAAAGAUGCGCUCAAGAAGAGACGGCUUAGAGAAAGGGAUCUGACACCGUUGGACGCUGAUUCCCCAGCGUCCCGGGCGCAGAGAGCGGCAGCAACGUCUUCAAACGUGAAGCCAUUGGCUGAAACGGCUUUUGCUGCAGAAGAAGCUACUAGGGCAUUAUUAAAUGGAACCGAUCUCACCAAACCCAGCGGUGGACUAGGCCUCGGCCCACCAACCAACAGUUCGUUCGCUGAGCCCGCCUACUGCCGCCCGCCCACCACUCCCUGCGUGCUCUCCAAGUACAGAAGCCAGGACGGUUCCUGCAACAAUCUGAACCACUCUCUCAGCUGGGGCGUUUCUAACACGCCCUUCAGAAGGGUUUUGCCAGCCGCGUAUGGAGACGGGAUCAGCUCGCCUCGUGAGGGAGUGGAUGGUGCCAGCUUGCCAAGUGCCCGUGACGUCAGCGUCACGGUCCACCGACCGAGCUACGCUCACGACACGCAGUUCACCGUCAUGCUGGCGGUGUGGGGGCAGUUCAUUGACCACGACAUCACGGCCACAGCCCUGAGCAAAGGCCAGAACAGCAGUUCAAUAUCGUGCUGCAGCGCCAGCGAGCGGCACCCGGAGUGCUUCGCGGUGCGGCUGGACGUGGAGGACCCGUACUACCAGGCUUACAACCUCACCUGCAUGGAGUUCGUGCGCUCCGCACCCGCACCUACUUGCCAUUUCGGGCCACGGGAACAGCUGAACCAAGCGACAGCCUUCCUCGACGCGUCCGCAGUGUACAGCUUCUCAGAGACGAAGUCGUUCCAGCUGCGCGAGGGCACGGACGGACAGCUUCGAAUGCUGAAGCUCGGGCCGUGGGAGCUCCUGCCGCCCUCCACUGACCCCAACGACGGCUGCAACACCGUCGAGAUGAGCGCUAAGGGUCGAUACUGCUUUGAAUCAGGUGACGACAGAGCUAACGAGAAUCUCCACCUGACAACAAUGCACCUGAUCUGGGCGCGGCAGCACAACAGGCUGGCGGCCAUUUUGAACAAGCACAACCCCACGUGGGAUGACGAGACGGUGUUCCAGGAGGCCCGUAGGAUAGUCGGUGCUCAGAUGCAGCACAUAACUUACGCGGAAUUCCUGCCCGCCAUACUUGGUCAGGACGUGAUGUGGGCGUUGAACAUCACCCUCGUGGAUUCCGGCCACGCCGACGUGUACGACCCCACGGUGGACCCGUCCAUCGCCAACCACUUCGCAGCGGCCGCCUUCAGAUUCGCUCAUACACUACUGCCGGGCCUCAUCCACAACAUUGACUCGAUAACGGGCACGGUGAGCUACACUCAUUUACACGAGAUGCUGUUCAACCCCUACGAGCUGUACAAAGAGAAGGGCUCCAAGUACGCCGUGAAGUCGGCCCUGAACACCCCCGUGCACAGCGUAGACCCGCAUGUUACUUCAGAGCUGAGCGAGCAUCUUUUCGAAAGGCCAGUGGCCAACGCGUCGUCCGCCCCCGCGCCGCACCCCGCGGCGCCGUGCGGCCUGGACCUGGUGUCGCUCAACAUCCAGCGCGGCCGCGACCACGGCCUGCCCGCCUACCCGGCCUGGCGCGCGCACUGCGGCCUGCCGCGCCCGCGGGACUUCCCCGCCCUGCAGCAGCUCUUCGACCCACUGUCUUACAGCAGGAUCCGCAAGAUCUACAAGAAUGUAGAUGACAUCGAUCUCUACAGCGGCGCUUUGGCCGAGGAGCCCCGGGGACGUCUUCUGGGCCCCACGCUAACCUGCCUCAUCGCAGACCAGUUCCUCAGGUUAAAAGUCGGAGACAGGUUCUGGUACGAAACAUCUGAUGAAAUCAUUGGAUUUUCUAUAGAGCAAUUGACGGAAAUCCGCAAAACAACCUUAGCUGGCGUAAUCUGCGCCAACGAAGAGCUACUAGACCAGGCUCAACCCAGGGUCAUGGAAGCUCUAAGUGCUACCAACCCCCUGGUAGACUGCAAGGAACUGCCCCAGCCAGAUUUCAAACCCUGGAAGAUGCCUGGACCCGCAACUAUGGCGCCGGAACCCAGGAAACCCUCGCCCAUGAAACCCGCGCCUAAGAAACCCGCGCCCAAGAAACCCUCGUCCAAGAAGCCUAUAACUGGAUAUUGAGAAAUAACAAAAAAAUAUGCUUAACAGAAUAUAUGAUAAUUCUGACUACUACUGAUAUAUCAGUCAGAUUGAAAGAAUAAGUAUACCUUCAUAUAAUCUAUUGUAACUAAUUAUUAUUUUUUUACUUGACGUUUGCCUCAUUAUUUGAUAUUUAAUGAAGUUACAACGAAUAGUAUGUUCCCAUUACAGCGGAAUCUCGAAUAUUCGGCAACGUCACCGGUGACGAAGCAAAUAGACUCCUAAGUUUGGAAGACAGUCGCAA